AUGGAACCAAUCCCCGAGGGCUCUCUGAUGGAUCAGUUCCCAAAAGGGGAUGAUGGAUUCAGGAAUUCAAGACUGAAAUUGAUCGCGAAUAUUGUCAAAGGCCCAUGGAUUGUGAGAAAAGCAGUUGGAGAGCAGGCUAUCUGCAUUAUUGGUCGAUCAGUUACUUGCAAGUAUUGUUUAGGAGAAAACUUUAUUGAAGUUGAUAUAGAUAUUGGUUCUUCGGUGGUUGCAAAUGCGAUUGUUCAUCUAGCAUUUGGUUACAUAAGUAGACUUACUGUUGAGUUAGCUUUUCUCAUCGAACAAACUGAAUCAGAGCUUCCAGAAAGAAUCUUAGGACCCGUUAGAUUUUCUGAGCUCAAUACUGCUUCAGCAAGGCAAGUUGAACUGUAUUAUGAAAAGAGCAUGGAAUAUUUGCAGUCGUCUCUUCAAACGAGAUUUUGGAAAUCACUUGGUCGGGGCUUCUCCCAACUUAUUAAGCCAGGUGGUCAAGAAAGUGAGUCCAACUGCCAUACGGCACAUGUCAAUGGGGAAAAAAUUAAUGCAGAUGCUGACAAGUUAUAUGUAUUAAUUUUUGGACACUCAAUUAAAUUCCCAAUGAAAAAGUAG